UGUCCUUUGACUUCUUCAGCAUCAAAACCAGAUGGACUGGUUACUUUUGAAAGGAUUUGCAUUCCGUCAUCACAGCUCCCUAACUGGAAGAAUCGGAAGGAAACCCUGAAGAACCUUCACAUCUCUUCAGAAGGAUCCAUUGAGAAAGAGGGAACAGGCAUGCUACAGUUCUCAGGAAGUGCCACCAGCUCAAGAUUUCAUUCCUGCGCGUUCACUUUCGUUCUGUUGCCUCAAGUCAUCACAAGCAAUCAUAGACACUGGACGAUAACAACACGGACUGACACCACCGAACAAAUGUCGCACCACAACAGCGAUCAAGUGAGGGAAUGCCUCACUCAUACAAAUGGAAACACUGUUGAUCAUUCAUCAAGAGGAGAACCACGAAACCAGCGCUCACAGACCGAUCCUGCAGGCAAAGGGGCCACAAGCCAGACCACAUCUAAUGAGACUGGGGGCACAAUGAAUAAAAAACCGUCAACAUCUAGUGAGACUAGUGGUGAAGGAAGAGUAGAAAAAAUGGUUGCAUCUUUUGAGAAUGCACAGAAAGAGGACAAAAAAUCCACAUCUGAUGAGUACAGAGACAAAAAGGCCCAAAACACACCCUCAUAUAGUGCAUCUGAAGACUGCAGGGCCUCAAACCGGCCCUCUCAAAGUGAACCUAUGGACACUUCAGAUGCUUUCAGCUCAGCAACAAGACCAAAGUGUGUGAUAGACCUGGGACCAACAUAUCCCAUCAAGAAGCUCAAGGGAAUGGAAGAUUUCAGCAAAGAGCUUAACCAGCCAAUUUCAAUGAAAGGACAUACAAUUCUGAUAGAUAUACCAUGUUUCCAAAGGGGUCUAAUUGUCACUUAUCAAGGGAAACACGUUUGGGAUGCCAACCAUGUGAAGUUACCACAUCUGUAUUCCCGUGGAUCACCCUCUCGCUGGGACACCACUCGUCAAGCGUUGAACAGACUCACCAAAGGAAGUUUCUCUAUUGGGGAUAUUCAGUCCGCAAUAAUGUCGUACAAUUCCAGCAACAAGGACAAAUGGACAUUUGAUGCACUCUAUUAUUAUGGUCGGAACGUACACGCAAUGGACAAUAAUCUCCAUCUGGUGAUCCCAAAGAUGGCCAAACUGGCACUUGAUUUACCUGAUCUCAUUCAACAGCCCAUUCCUCUACUGCGACAGCAGCAGAACCAGGCCAUAACAAUGUCUCAGCAGCAGAUUUCCUGUCUGUUAGCAAACGCCUUCUUCUGCACCUUCCCUCACAGGAACGACACUAGUCCUGGUUCAGAAUACGCCAACUACCCAACCAUUAACUUCAGCAGCCUGUUUGGUAGCCGGAAUGACUCAGCGAAAUCAGCCCUACAGGCAGAGAAACUGAGAGCCAUAUUCCAUUACUUCGACACAGUGACAAAUGAAAGUCCUCAUCAAGAUUCAGCAUCAAAACCAGAUGGACUGGUUACUUUUGAAAGGAUUUGCAUUCCGUCACAACAUCUCCCUGACUGGAAGAAUCGGAAGGAAACCCUGAAGAACCUUCACAUCUCUUCAGAAGGAUCCAUUGAGAUAGAGGGAACAGGCAUGCUCCAGGUGGACUUUGCCAGCAAAUAUAUUGGUGGUGGAGUGCUGAAGUCAGGACUGGUUCAGGAGGAGAUCCUCUUCCUCAUGAGUCCAGAGCUCAUCGUGGCCAGACUCUUCACAGAGAAACUGGCUGAUAACGAGUGUCUAAAGAUCACAGGGCCUCAGAUGUACAACAUUACUUCUGGCUACAGCAAAACCUUCUCUUGGGUGGGUCCAUACAUUGAUCUCACAAAGCGGGACACAUGGAAGAGACGUUAUCGGCAGAUUGUUGCCAUUGAUGCUCUGGACUUCAAGAACCCAAAGGAGCAGUACACCAAAGAGAAUAUAACACGAGAACUCAACAAGGCAUAUGUGGGAUUCUGUGGACAACCGAAAACAGCCAUCGCAACGGGCAACUGGGGCUGUGGAGCCUUCAAAGGGGAUCCUAAACUAAAAGCUCUCAUCCAGUUGAUGGCUGCCGCGGUGGCUGAUCGAGACAUGGCUUUCUUCACCUUUGGCAAUGAACAUCUUGCAUACGAAGUACAAAGAAUGCAUGAUAUACUGGCCAAAAACACUGUGACCGUGGAUAAACUGUACAAGAUCCUGAAGGACUACUGUGGACACUACACACGUGAACAUCGCUCACCAAAAGACCUGUACAGGUUCAUCAGAGAGAAGAUUGGGCAUCCAGAAAGCUCAUUGUAAAUCUGUCUUGACUACUGAGAGAUUCAUAUUCAUAAGCUCUCUUCAGAGAAAAGUAGUCAAAACAUUUCAGCAGUAUUUAAUAUGUAAAGCUGCUUUGAAUGUAUCAGAUUUCUGAAGGAUCAGAAUAAUGAAGUUAUAAUACUAAAAAACUGCUGUAUGCAAUGUAUUUCUGGACCGCAGGUGUCAUGUUAGUCAAAUUGUUUACCUUGAUUAAAAUAAUUUAUAGUCAUUUAGGAUUUAUAGUAAUCUUAGUAUCAUCUGAAAUUGCACAUAUCACGUCAUCAUUAAUGUAAAAUAAACACUUUUCACGUCAAAUAUAUAGUUUUCUUGCAACAGUUAUCAGUACAAACAUGCAGACAAAUUGAAACUGAUAUGCUUUUAUUGAAUGAAGUCUUAUAAUAAUAUUCUGGAAUAAACACAAACCUAAGAAAAUAAAUAAAUCCUUUAAUUUUA